AUGACAGAGCCCAACUCUCCGCAAGGUAACCAUAUAUGUGCUGAGAGUCUCGGAGAGUCUCACACUCCAAUAUCACCAGCAUCCUCGUCGCGCGGGUGGUGGCGGACCUGGAAAUGGGCCGUCUAUACUUGGAUGUGCUAUGCGUUCCAUGUUAUCCUUAUCAUCAUACAUGUCGUGCUGUUGGCGCUGCACGAAUUCCGACGGGAGCAAAAUGUCGUCGUUCCUUCGAACAUCUCGAACAAUGUCGCCUCUGUCGGGGUCACGACCAUUUUACAGGUAUUCGGAACAGGUUACGGGAUCCUUCUGGUUUGGUUAACCCAACGGCUCGCUCUCCGCCGCGACCUCUUGCAGCACCAAACACUGACAGCAACUCAUGACAAGACUGGUGCAUGGAGCGGACUUGGUGCAGCACUAAGCACCCUUUUGGAUCAAUUCAAGUUAAAGGCCGCCGCGUGUGGUGUACUCUUGGUCAUGCUUUAUCUUGGAGGGAUUGCUGUUCUCCAUGUCACGUCAUGUUCAUUAAUGAGCCUCGUACCGUUCGACAACACACAUGUAGCCAAUGCUCCCACACAGUAUGGGAUGCUGAACUUGGCGAACCUGCCUCUUGACACCUACUGGAACACUGCAACGGCCCUCAUCCGAUCAAUUUCGGGGUACCCUGGACUAUUAAACACAACCGGGCUGAGGGGUGCUACCCUGUAUGAGACGUUACCAGCAAGGUCGGGCUAUGGUAAUGCUACGGUCGCUGCGGUUACGUUCGGUGCACAAUGCUAUUCUCUCACUAACGUCAGUGCUACGUUGAAUUCUGGCCUGAACGGGAGCUACACAGUAUCAGCGGCUGAUGGCAACCAACCUCCUGUGACCUACUCUCCAAUCUACUCUCUCUAUGAGAAUGUGACUUAUGAGGUCUAUGCAAAUGGGCGGGCAGUGACGAUUCUCGCUACGCCGCCCAUUCUGGAUGCGAAUAACAAUGCUGGAUCAACCUUUAACAUCACUCAAACUCGUCCCACAGUAGGUGAUGUCAAUGAAACGGAAACGACGACGAUCCAAAUCAUGACAUGCGUUCUAUCACUAUCGCAUCAAUCCGCGAUUAUUAAUGCCUCAACAAAUGACCUUCUGAGCAUAGACCCCGUAUCUCCUCUCAACUCAACAUGGACGCCCUGGCAGCUCAAUUCGACAGAGAAUCCUGACCCCGAACUGGACUGGUUCGGUGAUGCAUGGAGCUCAUCUGCUAUAUCGACUGACUUUUAUGGUCCCACCCAUUGUGGGGAGCAAGGAUGCCUCUUGAGUUUUUUGGAUGAGUACUUGAUGGCACUUCUAGGCUGGCAAUACAAUGUUACGGCUCUCAACCAAAGCAGUGUCCUGUCGUCCUCCAAUAAUACACUGUCUUACCUUGAAAGCUCUAUGGCGCAGGUAGCAAGUGCUGCUGCGUGGGCCGUCCUUACCACUUCUGGUUACUACACGAAUUCGACCGGAGAUACCUCCGUUGUUCAAUCAGAGUUCAAAUUACGUCUGAAUGUUUCCAUCGGCCUGUUUACUUCCAUUGCCCUCCUGGCAUUGUCUUCGUUCCUGAUCCAUAGUCCAAGAGUCGGUAAAGAACACGACGUAGACUCCUGUGGCAUCCUGCAAGUGAUAUGGCUUUCCGGUCACCAUGACGCAAUACAGAAGGAGAUCACGAAAGCAAAUUCCUCGUCGGCUGAACUCAGAAGAGCUGGCUUGGGCUGUACCACGGCAUUUGGCACUGAAGACGAAGUUAGACCUGCGGAAAGCUCUAAUACUCCAGAGGGGAAGUGCUAA